CGUAAUACGGUUACGGUGUGUCGCUCGAAUUCACAAUACCAAAAGAUUGUUUACAAUUAUAUAUCAUUAGUGCAGUAUUAGCUAUGUAUACAUAUACACACACAUUAGUUACAGUUAUACACAGAAGACGAGUGUAUGUAAUGGAGAUUAGAUGCUGAGUUGUGGAAGUUGUGGGCGGCGGUGUUGCCCUCUCCCUCACAUUACCUUUUGACUUUUGUUUAAUAUAAUGCAUAAUAUUAUAAUAGGUUCGUUAUAACAGCUCAAUUAUAUACAUUGAUCCGAUACAUUGUGAAUACAAUUAACACGUAUUAGUUUAUAUAAUAUAAGUCGGCGAAAAUCCAUUUACGACGGUAAAUUGCCACGUAGUAUAUAAUAGUAUAAUACCUAUAUUAUACAUAUAAUGUUGGUGCGUACCAGUUUUUUCGGAUCGUUGGACUACGUUGAAUCAUCAUCAUACUGUUGAAUACAUCUAAAUCCCUAUCAUAAGUUCGUUGUUUAUGGCAAUUCGUGCGUUUGGUUUAUACUCGUCUGACGUGUACGAACUGUGGUGCCAGGCGCUAGUACAGUUUUUACCGACUUCCGAGAGUUUUUUGGACUUCUGAUCCCUCUGAUAAAGUGUAAUCGGUUCACCUGUUGAGCGUGGAUGGUUGAUCGAUCAGUGCAGUUUGUUUUUUUUCAAAAUAAUAAUAUUCUCCCGACUGCCGUGCGCGCAUCUUCUCCGUUUAUCACGUACUGUAGUGCCAUUGUAGCCGUCACACGUCUCCGCGUACGUGAUGAGAUCGACAGCCGCCGCAUGUUUGGCCGCCGUGGUCGUGGCCGCGUUCGCCGUGGACGCGGCUGACCUGGACCUGGUGCUGCUGCACGCCAACGACAUGCACAGCCGGUUCGACGAGACGGACCUGUACUGCAACGAGUGCCGCGAAGACGACGCUUCGCUGGGCCACUGUUACGGCGGCUUCGCCCGGGUCGCCCAGUUCGUGCGUGACGAACGGCGAUUGGCCAGCGAGAGUGGCUUGCCGUCGCUGUUCCUGGUGGCCGGCGACACGUUCCAGGGCACGCCGUACUUCUCGUUCUUCGAGUGGAGGCCCGUCGUCGACUUCAUCAAUCAGCUGCAACCCGACGUCAUGACUUUAGGCAAUCAUGAGUUCGACCACGGUAUCAACACUCUUUUGUCAUACUUAAACGGAAUUCAAGAUAUACCCACAGUAGUAUCCAACUUGAAUAUGACGGCAGAACCAGAAUUAAAUAAUUUUGUAUUGCCGUCAUUAGUAUUCACCAUAAACAAUACAAAAGUGGGCAUCGUUGGAUGUUUGACAACAGAUACUCCGACCAUAUCCAAUUCCGGAGCAGUUGAAUUUUUUGAUGAAGUAGAGUCUUUGAAGAAAGAAACGAAAAAGUUACUCAAAAACGGUGUUAAUAUAAUUAUUUGCCUUAGCCAUAGUGGAAUUGAAAAAGAUAAAGUAAUUGCCAAGGAAGUAGAAGACAUCGAUAUAAUUGUUGGGGGACAUUCACAUACAUUUUUGUACUCGGACACUCCACCUAGCAUUGAAAAACCAUAUGGACCAUAUCCACUGUACGUGACAAACGUUAAAAAUAAGGCCGUGCCAAUAUUACAGGCAUACGCAAAUACCAAAUAUGUGGGAAAAGUUGUAUUAAAAUUUGAUUCUAAUGGUGACAUAGUUAAUAUCGACGGCUCGCCAACAUUAUUGAAUCAUGAAAUAAAACAAGAUCCAACAAUGUUGACUGUAGUCGAUCAAUGGAAACCACAGGUAACUAGGAUUACAAAUAUUACCAUUGGGCGUACAGCCGUAGAGUUAAUAAACACGUGUCGUGGAGAGGAAUGUAACAUAGGAAACCUGAUAGCGGAUUCCUAUGUAUACUACAACGUUAUGAAAAAAGAAGUUUACAAUGAGUACUGGACUGAUGCUCCUAUUGGGAUGGUUCAAGCAGGUGGUAUUAGGACUACAAUCAACGAAACUGAUCAUGAUGGUUACAUCACUUUGGGACAGUUGAUCAAUGUCACGCCGUUUGCUAAUAAUCUUGUCAAAAUUACAAUUUCUGGUUCUACGCUUUUAGAAUCAUUUGAACACAGCGUUUCUGACUAUGUAUUGAAUCAUGGUACAUCUAAAUUUUUACAAGUUUCUGGUGUUCUGGUCGAAUAUGAUUUAACGCAGAGUCCCGGAAAUCGAGUCACUUCACUGUUUCUUCGAUGUGGUCACUGUAGCGUUCCCAAAUACGAACCUUUAGUGUUGACUGCGAACUACACAAUAGUGAUGUCCGAUUAUUUGGCAAAUGGUGGUAAUAAUUAUCAGGCAUUUCAAAAAAGAAUAAGCAACGAAUUACUAGGUAUUGAAGAUUAUAACGCAACAUCGAUGUAUAUGCAAUCAAUAAGUCCCAUAACGAGUGGAAUAGAUGGCAGAAUCCACUUUAAACGCGAUAUCAACAACGAAAAGUCAGCAGGAUUUAAUAUAAAUACAUGGAAUUAUCGAAUUUUAGUGACUACUAUCAUUAUUACAGUAUUAUACUUUAAUAUUUAAAUUGUCAUCUGAUAUAAAUUAUAAACAUUUAAAUAAGUAUUAUAUA